CAAAAAUCAAGGGCAAUGAAUUUUCUGGCAAUCUUUUGAUAAGAGCACCAGGGGACAUUAUUUCAACAAUGUACGGACCUUUGAUCAAAGUAGAACAUAAAAUCAAAGUUAGCAUUUUGUUGAGUGGUGCUAAGGAUUUUGAAAUAGAACAGCCUAUAAUUGUGAGUAAUGUAAUGCCUGUAGAAUUGCAUCAACAGUUGUUACGUGUACAAAAUUUAAUCUCUUCUAAUACGCAAAGGUUAGAAGGAUUAAGAUAUUAG